GUUGUCAGUGUUCAGUUUCCUGCAGGCUGACAAAGUGGGAGGGGCUUUGUUUGAUACAUAGCUGAGUUUCCACUGUGUGAGUUCUUGAGUGCACACUGGAGCCAUCUUAAUUACACUUUAGUGCAACUGAGACAGUGCAGCUGUCUCAAAAUGGCUGCUAACCUAGUCUUUGUAGCUGCUUAGGCAGCUACUAUGCCACUGAGGAGGUUUGUCACAUGCAUCAGGACCAGAGAUUCAAAAUGGAUAGUAUAGAAGAACCUCAGAAAAAAGUCUUUAAGGCUCGAAAAACAAUGCGAGUGAGUGAUCGUCAACAACUUGAAGCAGUGUACAAGGUCAAAGAAGAACUGUUGAAAACUGAUGUCAAGCUGUUAAAUGGCAACCAUGAAAAUGGAGACUUGGACCCAACCUCGCCUUUGGAAAGUAUGGAUUAUAUUAGUGACAAGGACGAGGUGAAUGGCAUUGAAGAGCUUUGUUUUGACUCCGAAAAAAGUAAAUCAGAAUGGAAAGAAACACCCUCUACCUUAAACGUUAAUGUAAAAAACAAGCAGGAUGAUGAUUUAAAGUGUGAACCUGUGUCUUCUAAUAAUAUAACUCCUGAACUAGCCUCUAAACUGACUGCUGAACCAUCUUCCGCUGAUACAGCCUCUGGUGCACUAGCUGCUAGAGGUCUGGUAUCUGGAGAUUCUGCCUCUGGAGACUUGGCCUCUGAAGCAGUAACGUCUGGUGAUCCCACCUCUGGUGAUCCUGCUUCUGUUGAUCCUGUCUCUGGUGAUCUUGUCUCUGGUGAACUGGUCUCCAGUGAACUGGUCUCCAGUGAACCGGUCUCCAGUGAGCCAGUCUCUGAUGAACUGGUCUCCAAUGAACCAGUCCCUGUUGAACCAGUCCCUGGUGAAUCGGUCUCCACUGAACUGGUCUCCAGUGAUUCAGCAUCUGAUGAUCCAGCCUCUGGUGAUCAUGCUUUUGAAUCACUGGCCUCUGAUGAUCCAGGCUCUGGUGAUCUGGCUUCUGGUGAUCCAACUUCUGGUGAUUCGGCCUCUGGUGAUCCAGCCUCCGAUGAACCAGUUUCUGAUGAACCAACUUCUGAGUCAGUCUUUGAUCCCACCUUUGAACCAAAUUCUAUACCAGUCUGUGAACCAGUUCCUGAAACUGAUAGCACAGAGCCUAGUAGCAAUAAAGGUGAUGAUUUUCUUGAAAAAAAUGGAGGUGAUGAAAAGUUAGAUCAAAUUUUCCCAUUUGAUGAGAAAAAUAAAGCUGAUAGUAAUGUUGAUGUUGAUGCAGAAGCUCUAGAAACAGAUGAUACAAUUAUUUGUUCAGAUGUGUCUCCUGAAAAGAAGAUAGAAGAAGAUGCUAUCACAGAAUCUGCUCUUGGAGAGGAAGCUAUAUCUAGCAGUAUUGAGAUUGACCAAAGUGAAAAGACUGAAGAAGAAAAUUCUGCAGACCUUGCAGAAACCAUUAGUGAAAAUGUUAUGAAAGAUGACAAAAAUGAGAAUGUCUUAGAAAAUACAGAUUCUAUGGAGACAGAUGAAAUCAUUCCUAUUUUGGAAAAGCUUGCACCUGCUGAAGAUGAACUUACUUGCUUUUCUAAAGCUUCUCUCCUUCCAAUUGAUGAGACAAAUCCAGAUUUGGAAGAAAAGAUGGAAGGUUCUUUUGGUUCACCAUCUAAACAAGAAAGUAGUGAGAGUUUGCCAAAAGAAGCCUUUUUGGUCCUCUCUGAUGAAGAGGAUAUUUCGGGUGAAAAGGAUGAGUCUGAAGUUGUAUCACAAAAUGAGACAUGCUCUCCAGAAGAAGUAGAAAGUAAUGAAAAGGGCAGCAAACCUGAGGAAGAAGAGCAAGUGAUACAUGAAGAUGAAAGACCUGAGAAAAGUGAAUUUUUUAGAAGAAAACGUUCUAAGUCAGAGGACAUGGACAAUGUACAGUCCAAACGACGUCGAUAUAUGGAAGAAGAAUAUGAGGCAGAGUUUCAAGUAAAGAUUACAGCCAAAGGAGAUAUAAACCAGAAGCUACAAAAGGUUGUACAGUGGUUGCUGGAAGAAAAAUUGUGUGCGCUACAGUGUGGUGUAUUUGAUAAGACAUUGGCAGAAUUGAAAACACGAGUGGAAAAGAUUGAGUGUAACAAGAGGCAUAAAACAGUUUUAACUGAACUACAGGCCAAGAUAGCCAGGUUAACCAAACGCUUUGGAGCAGCCAAAGAAGAUCUUAAGAAAAGACAAGAAAAUCCACCAAACCCACCUGUAUCACCAGGAAAGUCUGUAGUUGAUGGCGGCAGCAAUAACAGUGUGCCCUACAGAAAUGCAAACACAGUGAGACAGAUGUUGGAGUCCAAAAGAAAUAUAAGCGAGAGCACACCGCCAUCCUUUCAAACCCCUGUGAAUACAGUAUCUUCAACCAAUCUUGUCACUCCUCCAACAGUUGUCAGUAGUCAACCUAAAUUGCAGCCUCCAGUGACGUCGGGUUCUCUGACAGCAACGUCAGUUCUUCCUGCACCCAACACAGCUACAGUAGUUGCUUCUACUCAGGUGCCUAGUGGAAAUCCCCAACCUACAAUCUCUUUACAGUCUUUACCAGUGAUUUUGCAUGUACCUGUUGCUGUAUCCUCCCAACCUCAGCUCCUACAGAGCCAUCCAGGGACUUUAGUGACCAAUCAACCAUCUGGCAACGUUGAAUUCAUUUCUGUACAAAGCCCACCUACAAUGAGUGGUCUAACCAAAAAUCCAGUAUCUUUGCCAUCCUUGCCAAACCCCACUAAACCAAACAACGUUCCUUCUGUGCCCAGUCCUAGUAUUCAAAGGAAUUCUCCUGCCGGUGCUGCACCAUUAGGAACAACACUUGCUGUACAGGCUGUUCCAACAGCGCACUCUAUUGUACAAGCCACAAGGACUUCUUUACCCACAGUAGGCCCAUCAGGACUCUAUAGUCCAUCAAAUAAUCGAGGCCCUAUACAGAUGAAAAUUCCAAUUUCUGCUUUUAGUACUUCAUCUCCUGCAGAACAGAGCAGCAUGGCCACCACAAGAAUUGAAAACCAGACAAACAAAACAAUAGAUGCUUCUGUUAAUAAGAAAGCAGCUGAUAGCACAUCACAGAGUGGAAAAGCCACAGGCAACGAUUCAGGUGGGGUCAUUGAUCUGACAAUGGAUGAUGAAGAGAGUGGAGCUUCACAAGACCCUAAAAAGAUAAAUCACACUCCUGUGUCAACCAUGAGCUCUUCUCAGCCUAUAUCUCGACCACUGCAACCCAUCCAGCCAGCACCACCUCUUCAGCCAUCUGGGGUGCCAACAAGUGGACCAUCUCAGACAACCAUACACUUACUACCUACAGCUCCAACCACCGUGAAUGUAACGCAUCGUCCAGUAACUCAGGUGACCACGAGGCUCCCUGUACCAAGAGCUCCUGCAAACCAUCAAGUGGUUUAUACAGCUCUCCCCGCACCACCAGCUCAGGCUUCCCUGCGAGGAACUGUUAUGCAGGCUCCUGCUGUUCGGCAGGUCAAUCCCCAAAAUAGUGUUACAGUUCGAGUGCCUCAAGCAACUACAUACGUUGUAAACAAUGGAUUAACCCUGGGAUCAACAGGACCUCAGCUCACAGUGCAUCACCGACCACCACAAGUGCAUACUGAGCCCCCCUCACGCCCUGUGCACCCGGCGCCCUUACCAGAAGCCCCGCAGCCGCAGCGCCUGCCCCCAGAGGCCGCCAGCACAUCUCCGCCUCAGAAGCCGCACUUGAAGUUAGCCCGGGUGCAGAGUCAAAACGGCAUUGUGCUGUCCUGGAGCGUCCUCGAGGUGGACAGAAGCUGUGCCGCCGUCGACAGCUACCAUCUGUACGCUUACCAUGAGGAGCCCAGUGCCACUGUGCCCUCCCAGUGGAAGAAGAUUGGAGAAGUAAAGGCGCUUCCCUUGCCCAUGGCAUGCACUCUCACCCAGUUUGUAUCUGGAAGCAAAUACUACUUUGCAGUACGAGCCAAGGAUAUUUAUGGACGUUUCGGACCUUUCUGUGAUCCUCAGUCAACGGAUGUGAUCUCUUCUUCCCAGAGCAGUUAAACCUUGGGGCCUUUAUCUCUUCCUCUUUCUUCAAAAGUUCCACAUUUGGGUCUCGCUUUAAUCUUGUGCAUGAUACCCAUUGUAAAAUCCACACUGUGCAAGAUUUCUUGGACAGAUGUGUAUAUACAUUACAUUUGUUUAUAAUCAGAAUAAACUCAGCCCAUAAAGCAGAAUCUUUUCCUGAACAAUUCACGCUUCAAGGUUUUGAAAUGUAAAUUGCACCUUGCUUUAGUUCUGAGGCUGGGGUAUAUGUGUGGGUGUUUGUGCUUUUCUGUAUUUAUAUGUUUAUUGCAGUGGAAUCUCCCAUUUUCAUUCUCAAAUUUACCUCUCUUCCAGUGUGAAGUAAGUAGAUCAAAGGAUUUGAGGUAUGUAUCUGGCAUGAUUCUGCUUCUCAGAGAUCUGUAGGUUCAUAGAUAAAUGAUUUAAACUGAAUCUAAAUGGAACCCAAAGAAAAAAUAAAAAGCAAAAUGGUUAAAUAGUUUAAAAUAGGUUAAUUUGAACACAGGAAAGGAUCUGUUCAUCUUUUCUUUUGUCUCUUCUGGGUUGUCAGUUAGGUGAAAAAGAUCUGCAAUGGGCCCUCCCUUUUCUAAUCUGGUUUUUCCAUUUAUUUUGUGCCUUAAAGAUUAACGACAAAAGUAAACAGGGCCGUUUGUCCAUUAUUAUUUACUCUUCCCUGACAGCCUUUCACCCUCAUUUCUCCUUUAUCUCCACCAAAUGUAGCACAUCUCCCUCAAGUAAAUUUUAGACCAAGCCUUUUAUAAAUAGUCUCAUCAGUGACAUCACUACAUUUAACUCCAAAAAUUUGACUUGCUCUUUUCUUCCAAGAAUAUAAAUGCUUUUUAUUUUUGCACCACGUUGUGUAAGAAAAUUUUCCUUCAAAUAUAUUUUGGUAUCUAUGUUGCACAAGGUUUUAGAGAUGAUGAAAGCAAUUCUAGUUUACCUUAUCACCCAAAGCAUAGUAUUCUUUCAAAGGAAGUAAAUAGUAAAAUUCACAAAAUACAGUGAGUAAACUAUCAAAGGGAAAGCUCCGUUUCUUCUUUAUUCUCCUGUCAUUCUUCCUGUCUUAAUCUUUUAACUUUGUUUUGAUGGUGCUAAGUUUUGUCUGAUUUACUGUAUGUCAGCUUUGGAUAGGAUUUUUAAAGUAUAUCCUUUGGAGUCAUUUUGUGUAACAAUUAGAUAUAACUUCUGUGCUUCUCUGUUCUUCUUCAAAGUUUUAAUCAAGUUCAGCUUAGGUCAUGGAUUUUCAUUAUGAGUGCCAGCUAUACGUGGUAUCAGGUACAUGUUUGAGUGUAGAUAGCUUAAGACAGGAGAGGUGGUGUAAUUUGGGGGGUGAGAGCGUGGUUGGCCAUACGUGGAAAGGAAUUUGUGGAGUUUGUGAAACAAAUUUUCCAGUCAUCUUCCCAUAUCAUAUUUGAAUUCAUACUCCUACCUUCUUAAAUAAGUCAGUCAUUAAUUUUUCCUGGAAUUAUAAGCAGGAGCUAUGGCUUCAAUAUUAAUGCUGCUUUGUUUGCAACUUCGGUGGCUUGUAAUAAGGAAGCAUUCUAGUUGUAAAGAAACUCUUUAGAGACUUUUACCGGUCAGUGUACUGUCGUGUUGGGUGUGAAGUCUGAUUGAUGCUGAAGAAAGCCUACAGAUUGCCAAAAGUAAAUCCAAAAUCUUCCUUUUGCUUUCAGAAAAUGAGACCACAAUAAGAAUUAAAGUUUCCACUAAUUGUAUUUGCCAACCAUGUAGACGUUACUCAUUCUAGUACUAAUGAUGAUGGUAAAGAAGUUGCCAAUGUCAUGCCAAUGAAACUUUAAAGGGAGAAAUUGAUGAUCUUCUAGAUGUGUGUGAGCACCUAUCUUAUAUCUGCAUGUAUAUAUGUUUUUACCUGCAAUGGUUGCAGUAUUAAUUAUGUGUUCAAGAUCAUUCCUGUCUACAGAAUAGAAAGCCCACAUUCGAAAUUGUUCUUUAUUGACCGGUUUUGUGGUCACUUGAUAAUAAUUUGCUUACCUAGCCUAGAAAGGUGCCCUUGGUGAACGUUUUUUAUUUAUAUUUACUAAUCCUUUUUUUUUUGUUUAAAGCUUUCAUAGCAUUAUAUAAUCAGGUGAAGAAAGCCCAGUAGAAUGAAAAUAUUAUUUUAGCCUAUAUUGUGUCAUUUCUGUCAGAGAAAAAAAAUACUUAAAUAGUAACCCUAAAAAUAGAUUUUCUACAGUAAAAUAAAACUUUAUUACAGGUGGUGGAGGGAAGGUACAAAGAGAAAUUGUGAUUAUUUGAGGGAAAAGAUAUUAUGAGAUGGUCUCCUUCAGUUAGCCUGCCAUGGGAUUUAUAGGCAGCAGCUAUAUUGGAGUUACUUAUGGGUGCUAGGCUAGAACUCUAGGCUUUUAUUUGGGGCAGGUUUUCAUGUUGAGGAGUACUUUCUUUUUGUUUGGUUUGUUUCUUUGGGGACAGAGAAUGGAGGACUCAACUAGAAAUAGCUACUGGUUACAGAUUUUUUUAAUAGCAGUUCACACUCCAUGGUACCUUUUUUUAUUUCACAAUAUCUUUUCACAGAGUGUUAUAAAUAAACUUGAUAAUCCCAUUUUGGGAAUGCAAGUUUGCUACCUUUUUAGCCUGACAAUACUUGUGUAAGUAUUGCCUUAUUGGAAAUCCUGGAAACUUCUGAUACUUCAGCCUGAAAUAUAGGAUGUUUAUAUGACAUUUAAAGGUAAUUGUGAUGUUUGUUACUCUCUACUUUGCACUUUGUCAGAGUAAUCUUCACCCUGUUUUAAGUGUAAGCCUCACAUUUUAAAAUUAUGUUCUUGCCAGUAAAUUUAUAAAUUACAUACAAAGACAUCUGUUGUUAACAGGUAACUUUAUGAGGUAACUAUAUCCCUCUAUUUCUCUGGACUCACUUUUUAAAAUAUGCAGAAAACUGUGUGCUGUUUAACACAGUAGAAGUUUAUGAGAGAAGUGAAGAGUAGAGCUUUCUUCCUUGAGAAGUGAGUGUUUAUUGGGAUACCAUUUGCCUCACAGAGAGGUGUUCCCCACUCUCCUGACCCCCAUUGCCAGAUAGUAAAUGAAAGGUUUAAUUGAAAAAAAUGACCUAAAGCAAGGAGCUUGGAAUCUUAGGACCACCUGUCAGCAGAACUCCUUAGGUGGGCCGCACCAUACAGUUCUCUUGCUAUAUUGGAUUAAGUGUUAACGUAGUUUUUUUUUGUUGUUUGCUCUUUUGCUUACACUUUCAAAAUGAUCAUUUAUGCAGCAAGGUGUCAAUACUGCAUACACUUUUGUCUUAUUCUGCGAAUUUUCCAGUACUGUACAAGAUUAAGAAAAUAAUGCCUGUGGUAUCCUCCUCUCUCACCUUUAUACACUGUGAUCUUAGCACAGUAGGUUACGGCAAACACUUCCAAGUGUUCUCCGGGACUUUCCUUCUUGGGCUAUUUCAGUAUCCUAUGAUUUAUUCAUUACUUUAGCUUCAUCAUUGGCCUGUUUUAUUUUAAUUUCCAGAAAUACCAUGUCCCAGUAUUAGAUUAUUGAAAAUAACUCUAUCUAAAACCAGUGUAUGAUUCUGCCUGCCUUACUAUUUACUGGGCAAAUGAGGCUCCCUCCCCUUUUUUAAAAUUUUGGGACAAAAAAAAGAAAAAGAUUAGAACAAUUCCUAUAAGGUGUUUUGUUAGUGCGGCAGGUUUAUCCAGUUCCUAAAACUUAUUCCCCUUGAGCCAGCCAGUGGGGAGGAAUAGGAUGAUACAAAUACAUGCUUUGUCUUCUGGUCAAAUUAUUUUAUCAUGCUAAAUAAGUUUUUCAUUUUUUUUUAUUUGUAGAGUCAGUUAAUACCCAUCAUUUAUAUUUAAUUGCCAUCUUUUAAAAACUUUUGUUUGUAAAUAAGGGAACUGGGCAAUCAAACACCUGGGAAAUCCUGGCUUUAGUGUUUUAUCAACCAUUUCAAAUUUAAAUAUAAAAAUAAUUCCUUUGUAGUAAACUUGCAUCCUGAUUUUUCUUUAUUGCAGUUGAAAGUGUAAAUAAUAAGACAAUGUAAGACCUUCCUAAUGUCUAAUAGAAACUGGGCUAUAGCAAGUUGCCCUAUUUUUAUUAGGUUUUGAAGGUUUUUGUGGGGUUUUUCUUUUUUAAAUGUACAGUAGAGUGUUGUCUGUAUAAGUGUUAACUGUAGUGGGAUUUUGUUCAGCAAGCCUGAAAUUUAUACUUUGAAAUAAACUGCUGGGUUUUUCA